AUCUUAGUAUUAUGAUUGUUAGAUAUGACAGUAUAACCUAUAUGUUAUGAAGUUUAAACAUUAUUUAUGUGUAAAAUAAUUCUCAAAUAUUGCAGUUUUUAAUUUGUGUAUUAAACAUUUUUACAUUUUGUUACGGAUAAUAAUGUUUUAAGUUUAUAAGACUUAUAAAUAUGGCAGUUUGUGUAGCUGUAAUUGGAAAAGACAAUUCUCCUAAAUAUAUUAGAUGUAUAGAUGAAUCAUCAGCAUUGCAAUUUCAUUGCAAAGUUCAUACAUCAAUUGACAUUAUAGAGGAAAAAUUAAACGUAGGAAAUAAAACUACUAUUGAUAUACGAGAUCUAUAUUUAGGCUUAUUAUAUGCUACAGAAGAAUAUAAAAUAUAUGGUUAUGUUACAAAUACAAAAAUCAAAUUUAUUAUUGUAUUACAUUCAUCAAAUAUAUCUCUGAGAGAUAAUGAUGUAAAAGUAAUUUUUAAGAAAUUACAUGCAGCUUAUUCUAAUGCUGUAUGUAAUCCAUUUUACAUUCCAGGUGAUCAACUUAAUUCCAAAUCUUUUGAUCUAGCAGUAAUGGAGAUAAUGGGUAUUAUAUCACCUUUUUAAUUAAUUAUAUUUGAAUUUAAUAUAUUAUGUAUAUAUUACAAAUAGAUAUAAUUAAAUUACAUAAAAAUUAUAACAAAACCAUAUUUAUUUUAUUUUUUUUAAAUAUAUUAUAAUUUUGAAAGAAAAAUUAAAAAAAUAUAUUUAAAUGA